AGCCCCGACAGGCGGUGGCGGAGUGGGACGGUCAGUCCAGCGGUGGCCUCCUCAUGGCCCCACCGUGAGAGGCUGGAGCGGUCACGUUGGGUCCCAAAAGCAGCCAGCACAGGGUGGAAGCAGUGGCUGCCAUGGAUGAGGAUAAGCUUCUACCUGCACUGCCUGGGGAAGAUGAUGCCACCUGCGACCCCAUCCUGGAGCCUGAGGAGGAGCCUGGGGUCCAGAAUGGAAUGGCAUCCAGUGAGGACCUGAACAGUAGCCACACCAGCCCAGGGCAUGAGAUGAGGGACACCCUGGUGGACACUGAGGGGCAUACAAAGGGCCUGGACCUGGCCCUCCAUGGCCUCAGCCUUGCCCUCUCCCUCACCAAUGGCCUAGCCCUGGGGCCAGACUCAAACAUUCUGGAAGACUCUACAGGGUCCAGGCCCUGGAGGGCUGGUGGGCUGGCGGAGGUGGACGAUGCCUCCAGGAGCCUCUGUCCAGACACUGAGGAUCCUCCACUGGGGCCAGGAGAGCCAGAUGUGCGGGACGGCUUCAGCGCCACAUUUGAGAAGAUUGUGGAGUCGGAGCUGCUGCGGAGCACACAGUACAGCAGCCUGGACUCCCUCGAUGUGCUGAGCCUCACGGAUGAGAGCGACAGCUGCGUCAGCUUCGAGGCCCCCCUCACGCCCCUCAUCCAGCAGCGGGCCCGGGAUAGCCCUGAGCCAGGGGCUGGCUUGGGCACUGGGGACGUGGGGUCAGAGGGGGACAUGGGAGCAGCUGGCGGUGUUGGGGAGCUGGGCAGCCCUCUGCGGCGCUCUAUCUCUGGCAGCCGCUCCGAGAAUGUCCUGAGCCGCUUGUCUCUCACGGCCGUGCCCAAUGGCUUCCAUGAAGAUGGACCCCCAGGCCCAGGCGGGGACGAGGAAGACGAGGAGGAAGACAUGGACAAGUUGCUGAACUCGGCCAGUGACCCCAGCCUGAAGGAUGGCCUGUCAGACUCAGACUCAGAGCUGAGCAGCUCGGAGGGGCUGGAGCCUGGCAGCGCAGACCCACUGGCCAACGGGGGCCAAGGCGUGAGUGAAGCUGCCCGCCGGCUGGCACGCCGCCUCUACCACCUGGAGGGCUUCCAGCGUUGCGAUGUUGCCCGGCAGCUGGGCAAGAACAACGAGUUCAGCAGGCUGGUGGCCGGGGAGUACCUCAGCUUCUUUGACUUCUCGGGCCUGACUCUGGACCGAGCACUCAGAACCUUCCUGAAGGCCUUUCCGCUGAUGGGGGAGACACAGGAGCGUGAGCGGGUCCUUACGCACUUCUCCCGCCGGUACUGCCAGUGCAACCCUGACGACAGCACUUCGGAAGAUGGGAUCCACACGCUCACCUGUGCCCUGAUGCUUCUCAACACGGACCUGCAUGGACAUAACAUUGGCAAGAAGAUGUCCUGCCAGCAAUUCAUUGCCAACUUGGACCAGCUGAAUGACGGACAAGACUUUGCCAAAGACCUGCUGAAGACUCUUUACAACUCCAUCAAGAAUGAAAAGCUGGAAUGGGCCAUUGAUGAAGAUGAGCUGAGGAAAUCACUGUCUGAACUGGUGGAUGACAAGUUUGGGACAGGCACAAAGAAGGUGACACGGAUCCUGGAUGGUAGCAACCCCUUCCUGGAUGUCCCACAGGCUCUCAGCGCCACCACCUACAAGCAUGGUGUGCUGACCCGGAAGACUCACGCCGACAUGGAUGGCAAGAGGACGCCCCGUGGGAGGCGUGGUUGGAAGAAAUUCUACGCGGUGCUUAAAGGGACCAUUCUGUACCUGCAGAAGGAUGAGUACAGGCCUGACAAAGCCCUGUCUGAGGGCGACUUGAAGAACGCCAUUCGUGUGCACCAUGCUCUGGCCACCAGGGCCUCCGACUACAGCAAGAAGUCCAAUGUGCUCAAGCUGAAGACAGCCGACUGGAGGGUCUUCCUCUUCCAGGCACCGAGCAAGGAAGAAAUGCUGUCCUGGAUCCUUAGGAUCAACCUGGUGGCUGCCAUCUUCUCGGCGCCCGCCUUCCCAGCUGCUGUUAGCUCCAUGAAGAAGUUCUGUCGGCCCCUGCUGCCCUCCUGCACCACUCGCCUCUGCCAGGAGGAGCAGCUGCGUUCUCAUGAGAAUAAAUUGAGGCAGGUGGCUGCAGAGCUGGCUGAGCACAGGCGUCACCCGGUCGAGCGGGGCAUCAAGUCCAAGGAAGCUGAGGAGAACCGGCUGAAGGAGCAUUAUCUCACGUUUGAGAAAAGCCGUUAUGAGACCUACAUCCACCUCCUGGCUGUGAAAAUCAAAGUGGGCUCAGAUGACCUGGAGCGGAUUGAGGCCCGGCUGGCCACCCUGGAGGGGGAUGACCCUUCUCUCCGCAAGACACACUCGAGCCCUGCCCUUAGCCAGGGCCACGGAACUGUGACUGGCAGCAAAGCCACGAGGGAUAACACUGGGCCUGAUACUUAGCUGGCAUGGAUGGGCAGGUCCCAGAGGCAGGCAAUGCCCCCAGAGGGGUCAGUGAGCACUAUUCCAGCCAGGGGCCACUUGGCUCAGCUCCAGGCAGUUGUUGGGCAGCCAGGGGGCGGUGUGGAGAGCCCUGUGGGCCAAGGAGAUGGAGAUGCUAUUCAUGAUGUUGAUCUUGCAUCCUGGGGCUGCUCUGGGCAUCCGACCCUCUCCCCAGCUCUCACAUCCCUCUUCACCCCAGAGCCUCAUUUUCUAGGCCAGUUGUGUGCAUGCUCUAGACACCAUCUCACUGGAGAAGUGGGAAGGGUGGUUGACUUCCCAGGCUUUCCUCUUCUCACAAGUUCCUCCCCUCAUGUCCCUUGUUUCUGAGGGCAGGUCUUGACCCCAGGUCUCAGCUUGGACUCCCGCCCUUUCUCCUCCUCCUUCCUUUGAGUUGACCAGCAGCAGGUCUGCAGACCACCAGCACUAUCCUCUCCUCCUCCACUCAGCAGCCUUGGGAACCACACCCCAUUCUCCUGCCUCACCUGGCAAUAACCCAGGACCCAGGCCUGUCUCUCAGUGCCAAGCUCUCUCCACUCAAGUGUGUGUCCACCUCAUCUUCCAUCCAUCGAGGCCACUACUGCUUUCUUUUAUAUGGACAUAAAUGUAUAUAUAUAAGAAUUAUAUAUAUAUAAGGAACCCCUUUAGAGAUGGUUUUGGAACUGAUAUCAGUUAGAGGAUGAAAUAAGAGGUAGGAAAAGCCUAUUUCAGAAUGCACUUGUUAGCAAGGAGGGCUGCUCUCUGGCCCCUGGAGGCCCUGACACUCUGGGAGGGAAGGUAGAGAUGGUAUGACCUCCUCUCACCCUAUUUCCCCCUCUUCCGGCUGACCUGUGACUUAAACUGCUCUUACAGUUAAUGCUUUGGAAUAAAUAGUGUGUGUGUGUGUGUGUGUGUG